CACAACAUGAACCAUUAGAGAUAGAGAGAGACCCUUAUCUUCUCCCUUCAAUUCAUUCAAUCCCCUUUGGCUACCCUUUUGUUAAACCUGAGAUUUUCUCUCAGAUUUUUGAAGUAGGUAGUGGGGGAAGGGAGAAGAAGAAGAAGAAGAAGGAGGGUUUGAGUGGCAGAGAAACCAGAGAGAAAAAAACAACAACAGACCCAACACAAACAAACGUGAGGCUGUUGUUGAAACACACCACAAGUACCCUUUUCUCUCUCUCUCUCUCUCUCUCUCUCUCUCUCUCUCUCUAUCUAUCCUGUUUUCUCAAAACUUUACCAUUCUAUCCUCCGAGUGACCAGGAACACUACUAGGAACCAAUCAACCAACCAAUCCAAUUCCAACCCUUGUGGCCUAAAGCUUCCUUCAAUGGCGGCAACAUGGGUUUUAUCAGAAUGUGGCUUGAGGCCACUUCCUCCAACUUUUCCACGACCCAGAACAGGAGCCAUAGUUUCAAGCCAAAAACCUUCAAGCUUGAGAUUUUUGAGCACAAACAAGGGUAACCCAGAUCUGGGUUUUCAACCAAGAGGGGCCAUAACAUGUUGUGGCGGUUUUAGGAAGAGAAGGUGGGAAUUGAAAGUGAGUGCUCCUGUGAGAGUUGACACAAGUGAGGAAGAGGUUAAUGGGGUUAGUGGGAAGGAGGAACUGCCACAAUUUGACCCUGGUGCACCGCCACCAUUCUCAUUGGCUGAUGUUAGAGCAGCCAUUCCUAAACACUGUUGGGUGAAGGACCCGUGGAAGUCCAUGAGCUAUGUAGUGAGGGAUGUUGUUGUUGUUUUGGGGCUAGCUGCUGUUGCUGCUUCUCUCAACAACUGGUUGGUUUGGCCUCUCUAUUGGGCUGCUCAAGGAACCAUGUUCUGGGCUCUCUUUGUUCUUGGUCAUGAUUGUGGUCAUGGAAGCUUUUCAAACAAUCCCAAGCUGAACAGUGUAGUUGGCCAUUUGCUGCAUUCUUCAAUCCUAGUACCUUAUCAUGGAUGGAGAAUCAGUCAUAGAACACAUCAUCAGAACCAUGGCCAUGUUGAAAAUGAUGAAUCUUGGCACCCGUUGCCUGAGAGAAUCUUUAAGAGCCUGGACAAAGCAACGCGUGUUCUAAGAUUUACACCACCUUUCCCAAUGCUUGCAUAUCCUAUAUACCUUUGGAAAAGAAGUCCUGGGAAGUCCGGUUCUCACUAUGAUCCAAACAGCGACUUGUUCGUACCCAGUGAAAGAAAAGAUAUUAUCACUUCAACAACUUGCUGGGUAGCUAUGGCGGCUUUGCUUGUGGGUUUAGGAUUUGUAAUGGGUCCAGUUCAAUUGCUUAAACUUUAUGGCAUUCCCUAUGUGCUGUUUGUUAUGUGGUUGGAUUUGGUGACUUACUUGCAUCAUCAUGGCCAUGAAGACAAAUUACCAUGGUAUCGUGGAAAGGAAUGGAGCUACCUUAGGGGUGGGCUUACAACUAUUGAUCGUGACUAUGGAUUGAUUAACAACAUCCACCAUGACAUUGGAACCCAUGUCAUCCAUCAUCUCUUUCCUCAAAUCCCACACUAUAACUUAAUAGAAGCGACUGAGGCAGCUAAGCCAGUUCUUGGCAAAUAUUACCGGGAGCCAAAGAAAUCAAGUCCUAUUCCAUUCCACCUCAUUGGAGAUUUGCUAAGAAGCCUGAAGAAAGACCAUUUUGUCAGCGACACUGGGGAUGUUGUGUACUACCAAACAGACCCUAAGCUUGCUGGGUCUUCCACAUCAAAGUAAAUUUUUUAUUUUUUCCCCCUCUUGAAGACAAGAGAGGCCACAGAACUGUCUUGCAUAUGACACAAUUACUUUGAGCAUUGUGUCUGAGCUUUUACUGUGUGCUCUGACAAAUUCGAUUGUAACUGCUUGCAAGUGAAGCAUGAGCAGGGUAUAUUUAGUGUGUUCAGUGAAGCAUGAGCAUGGUAUAUGUAGUGUGUUCUUCAAUGAAAGAGCAAAUAAUCUGUAAAUUGUUUUAUUUUUGAUGAAGGAAGUGAUUGAUAUCUUCAUCAGAUCAUGUUUAUUGCUCAAACUAAAAGCACCAAAAUUGAAUGAUAAUUGAAUAGAAUUGAAGCAGCUGUUGUCA